AUGGCUGCCAUGGGCCAGACCAAGAGUGGGAUAAAGUCCAAUCUGCUGGUGAGAGCUGUGGGGGUUAUACAGACCCAGUGCAAUUCCCACCUGCUCACAGUCUUGCGCCAGCUCUACCAGGAACGCUACGCCUACCAGACAGUUCCUGGCAACAGCCAGAGGACUCCUGGAAGCCACCAGGAGGAGCAGACCGUGGCGCCGGUGGUGGGGCCAACACACAACCCCACAUACACCAUCUCACACACAAUCCUGGAUUGUUCCAGAUGGUACCCCUUCCCUUCUACCAAACCCUGGGGACAAUCCUACCCCCCACACAACUGAUGGGCUUCUUCUCUGACAUGCAGAACCAGGAGUUCAUCAGGCUGACGCCAAAGCAAGUGGAGCAGAACAGAAACUGCAAGGAGCUGCGACCAGGUGUGCCGAGUGUCCAGGUGGUUCUCAGAUUCUGCUUCACAGAGAGUCUUGGGUACGAGGAGGAUCAAUACCCACCAUGCCUGUGGAUCAGAGUUAAUCAGAAAUUCAUACCCCUACCUGAACUUCACAGACACUGUACACUUAUCAACAUAACACCAGCAGUUUCUCUCAGCCUCCUCCCCUCAUCUCGUUUAUGUGUCUGGUGGGAGAGAUGUAGCAAAAGGUACUCUGUGGCUGUGUACCUGGUGAAGGUGCGGUCCCCCUCAGUCAACUGAAGAGCCAAUCAGUGGAGAGUGACAUUUUGCAGAGUGUCCCUUAUCUGUCCGCUGGGGAAGAUGAGUCUGUCAGUGCCCUGCAGGGGGCGUAAGUGCGCCCACCUCCAAUGCUUCGACGGGACGCUCUACCUGCAGAUGAAUGAGAAGAUGCCCACCUGGACCUGCCCAGUGUGUCACGAGCCAGUUCCUUAUCGAUGGGUUACUGACUGUGAUCCUGGUGUUGGAGGGCUUUCAGGACAAUACAGAGGUAGAAUACCUGGCUGACGGCUCUUGGGGAUUUGUUAUAGAUGGCGUGAGAAGAACACAAUCUUCUGCACUUUUGGAGAAGAUGGAGGUAUACAGUGGUAGUAGUGUGACUGCAACCACCAGUGCUGUGUCAACGGAAGUCGCCACUGUGGACCUUACGCAGGAUUCAUCAGAGGAUGAGGCUGAUGAGGUCACAAAGCCAUAA